AUGCUUGAGAUGCUCGAGCUCAGCGCAGAGACAUUGCCCGAGGAAGUUCCAGAGGCUCGCGAGGGCGACUUGACGUGGGAGCUUGCCAACCAUCGUUACAUCACAGAAGGGGCCGAGUUUCGCCGCCGUGAUUGGUCAGAGAUGGGUGGUAUCGUCGCAGAGGAAGCAUAUAACAAGUUCAUGACACUUCUAUGGGAUGAUGAGAACGAUCGUUCGUGGACCAUCGAAGAGGUGAUGCCUUACAUCCGGCAUGGCGAGAACGGGUUGCAGGGAGUACUCAACCUACUCGAGUGCUUCAUUGAGCAUCUCGAGUGGUUUGACGAUGAUGUAUUCUUCCCGUAUGCUGUUGGUCUAGAAGGCAUUGUCGUAGCAUUAGACGGUCAUGCACCCUGGCCUGCUGGAACACAUUUAAGAUACUUCAUUGACAAAGAUACUGAAGAUCUUCCGGCGUCUUCUGUCGUGUCUUCGCCCGAAACCCAGUUGCGCGACCUUUCACCCGAUAGAAACAUGCCUCUCCCACCCCUUUCGCCCCAACCGACCUCGCCGCACAUCUCGCAUGGAUCCUGUAUCCAUUUGGCCCAUCGUAUGCAAGGCACGCUCUCGCUACAAGCGGUGUGCAAUUGCCAACUGCUCAUUACACUGGAGCCCUCUCCUGCUGCACCAACACUGGCCGAGCUUGGACAAAACAUUGACGCGUGCUUUGAACCCAUCGCUGCGAUCCUCAAAGAGCUACUCACGUUCUCGGUUAUCCACGCUAUCUUGAUGUUCGACGAGAUUGCGCUGGAGCUUCGGCUUCGGUACGGAGACAAAACAAAUCAAUUCCUGGGGCUCUGUCGUGAGCAUGUUGAAGGAGGGGGUAGAGAGUUCUUGAAUGAGGAUGACCUGCACUUACUAUUCGAGGACGUGGUUGAGGAAAGAGUGCACUUUGCGAGCAAGGUGCGCCCAUCUUCCGCGCGUGUUGGUCUCGUGUUGAUGAACUUUAAGGCGACCGUGGGUGCCAUCGGGCUUCUCACCAGCGAGCCGAAGCUGUACACGGUUCUGGAGACGACGUUGUUGGCAGUCAAAUUGCGACCUGCACUUCAGCGCGUGAGAUUCAUCUCGAUUGACACGGACGGUGAAGCUCGGUGGGGAGCCGCUCUCGUACUUAUGACUUUCAAGGGUCUCCUCGCGCACUCUUCGCCACUUUUCGAGCUUCUCUCCUUGCUGAAGCUUAUGGACUUUCAUGUGGGGCCCGAUGACAUCACUAUCAAUAAGGACCCAAAGCACGUCUGCUUCAAGUGGCCACGCCAUCCAUCAUCCAUCAUCCAUCAUCACCUUCUGGAUGCUGGACACACUCUCACACAUGUUCGUUCGGCUCUCAAUCCAGCCGAUAAGCAGGAUGUAGAGCGCGCAUAUGGUCUUGAGCAUGAUUUGUGGUCUCUUCCGCCUGCCCCGCCCAAGAGAGGCUCUACAUACAAAGAGGUCCGCGAAGCCCUUCACCUGCUCGGAGAUGUGUGCCUCCAUCUUGUGAUGCCCUUCAUCUGCAUUGACCUUUCUCUCUCGGAGCAACUGGAGCAUCUCAGCAGCGCUGCGCACCUUGUAUUGGCUCUCUAUGUGCAUGAGAAUGCCAAGAGCCACUUCUUUCCGCACCCACUUGUGAUAGACAUCAUGCUGAUGGUGAAGAACACGUACUUCUGUGUGGCCAAGGCUAAGGUCGAUAUGCCAACUGCGCCCUUCUACUUGAUUCUGUUAGGAACAGAUCGCCUCGAGACCUUAUUCGGCAUUGUGUGGACCAUGGUCAGUAACGACGUGAAUGUGGAUGUCCUGCAGCUCGCUCUCCGUGCCACUGGUGCAACAGAUGUGGCAAACAUUCUUGCCUGCUAUCCAGAGUACUAUCGUGAGCCGCGACGGGCUCAUGCACCUGCCAUCAACCGGGACAUGCAGGCAGUCAAUGGUGCCGAUAAGAUCACACUGCGCGAUUGGUGUGGCGAGGUGCACGUCGAAACAGUCACUCUUCUGACAGCAUGGCGCCGCGGUCGGGACACAGUGGAGUGCAAAUAUCCGAAGAUCAAGGACGUCUUGCAGGUCAAUGUGCCAUCUGUGCCCGAAGACAGUGAACUCGAUGACGCCGAGGAAGGGCCGGUUAAUGAAGACAUGGAUGGUGAAGUUUCAAUGGCCACGAGAGGCGAGGGCUUCUGCGAGCUCGAGGACGCGGCAGCAGAUGCUUGUGGAGUCUUUCUGAAGACAGUGCUGUAUCAAGGGAAGACUAUGAAUAAGUCUCGCGCACUUGCACAGCACUUCAAGAUGUUCAAGAUAGGCCUAUCGUGCGAGCAUCUGGAUUGCGUUCAAGGCAAAUUACGCUAUGGCAAACUACGCAACGACUCCUCGCCGGAGGCCGCGGCUGCUGGUCCCGCACUGGCUAUAUCGAAUCUGGUUGUCUCGUUGCUUUGUGUUGCAGAUGACGGCCGCCUCUUUCUAGUCCUCGGCGAGGUCAACCAGAUCCAGAUUAACUCCAAAUCUGUGGACCACGUUCCACUGUCUCUCCUCCCAGAGAAGUCCGUCCGCAUCUCAUAUCAGGCUCUUGGUCUUGUACCUAUCACCGCAGAUGAUGAUCCAUCACUCAAGUACAGCUGGCGUGCUACUUCUCUGCUUUCUAUCUAUGGCACAGCUCUCCCUGGCGCUUUGAUUCUUCCAAUCGACCCCGAGAUAUCGACACACUCCCCGGGGAAUGCCUUCUACGUUCUCGAUGAUGAGACAUUGAUCUCGCUUGCUGCAACUCUAUACGAGCAAGUUCAUCCGUCGCAUGGACGCCAUAUCUCUACGAUAUCUGUCCAAGAUGGGUUUCCCUAUCGAGAGCAUACAGGUACAUCAGCUUGCUUUGCUGUCACCGUAGGCGGGAACUUACCUACCCAAUAG